CCAAAGAGGAAGAUGCAAGACACAACAGAGAAGAUAUCCCUGGAACCAUCCAAACAGAUGAGGCAAGUGCUGAAGAAAAUGCUGCAGGGAGGACAAGAAAUGAAAGGAGAGCCUGUGCAGAUGGAAGCAUUUCCCGGAGGAAGCAGUGGUUCUGUGCCAACAUCUGUUGAAGGAUGGGAGGCGAUGCCAGGCACAGGCACAGGAGAUGAGGUUGCUUCUCCAUCAGCUUGGAUGAAUAAAGAUUUGAAGCCCUUGGAGCCUCCUGCAGAUGUGUCUACAGGGAAGACUUCUCCAGCUCCUACCUUGGAUUUUGCACUCAAGCCCAGCUCCCAUCACAGUGGGAAAGUCCAAGAUACAACAGAUAAGAUGUCCCUGCAACCAUCCAAACAGAUGAGGCAAGACCUGAAGGAACCCCUGCAGACAAGAGAAGAGAUGGACAUAGUGCUUCAGUGGAAGGUGGCAAUUCCUGAAGAAAGCACUCCAUCUUCAAUGCGAGCCACAGCUGCAGGAAGGAAGGCAAAGCCAGACACAGGCACAGGCACAGCAGGAAAUUGCUAUGAGGUUGCUGGAAAGGCGUCUCCAUUACCUUGGAUGAAUAAAGUUUCGAAGCCCUUGGAGCCUCCUGCAGACUGGAAUCAUGACUUGGAUUUUUUGGAAGCCCUGCUGGAAAAUGGCUUGAAAUUCCUGGAGGAUGCUGGAGGCUAUUCCUCCGUGUGCCUUUCUUGA